UUACCUCCCCUUUAUAUGAGGUUUUUGGCUGUCAGUUCUGUUAGUUGUAAAAAGGACCGCAAAUUUCCAUUAGAGACUUCUACAAGGUACAGGUAACUCAAUUUGGAGGUAGAGUUAUAUCCCUUAGACAUUCAGAUUUUUUUUCACUUAUGUAGUUGUACAUGAGAAUAGUCGUUUCUAGAUUUUGAACAAGAAGCAUGGCAACACCCAUGCAGUUUGACAUGAAUGAGACAGAUGAAGCUAGACCCUAUGUUUGUCAGAUUUGUAAUAAACGGUUCACACAGAAGGGCCAUCUAAUGACCCACAGGAGAACACAUACUGGGGAAAAACCUUACUCAUGUCAUAUCUGUAAUAAAAGAUUCUCACAGUCAUCACAUCUUAACACACAUAAGAGAAUACAUACUGGAGAAAAGCCCUAUUAUUGUACAGAAUGUGGUAUGGGAUUUUGUCGAAAAAGAAGGCUUGAAAAACACAUUGUCUUACACAAUCAGUUUGUAAAUAUUAACUCAAAAAUUAAUAAUUUGCAAGGACUUUUACAGCCAUCAGUGUCAAAAGAAUCAUCACAACCUCUAUUUCCAAACAGAUUAAGUUCAAGUGAUUUUCCUGUAGAUAAUGAAAGUUCACAGGGUCAUAAAAGGAAACCUGCUCUAGUACAACACAUAAAUACUAACCAAUUUGAAGACACAAAUGAGGAUAGGGGAACAGAAAGGGUUGUUAUAAAACUAGAAGAAGAUAACAUUGAAAAUUUAACAGAACAGAAUCAGCUUCCAGAAUCAAAAAUGAAGGGAGAUAAUCCCGAGCAGACGAUGGGAGAAAUUGAUCUGACUCAAAUAACACCACCCUAUGAUGGUGAGGGAGAUAAUAGUGAAAUAGUAGGUGGGGAUUUUAAUAAUCUUGGAAGUUUGUCGGGCGAUGAUUUGGAUUUGGAUAGAAUAAGUCUUACAAGUGAGAGUAACAUGUCUGAAUCAGAACAAAAUCACCCUCAGUUUUCAUCUAGACAUGGAAUGGGUUUCAAAGGUUUCCGAGGAUUUGGACGAGGGAGACCAAUGUGGCAUAGGUUUAAAAUGAGAAAACUUAAUCAACUUGAAAAUAGAAUAGAUCGAUGUAUUAUGACUUUACCACAAACACAGUCAAAUGAUACAUCUGCACAAAUUUUGUCUAAUAAUCGAGUUAACUUGGUUAAUUUUACAAGUUCUGAUUUAUUGACCCACAUGAUGUCAAGAGAUGAUGUAUAUAAAUGUGAUUUUUGUUGUAUGAUUUUUCAGGAUGCCGCGAUGUACCAUCUUCAUAAAAGCAUGCACGAUAAAAUGGAUGUUAGGUGCUGUAACUUGUGUGGUAAAAUGGCACAAGAUAAAUAUGAUUUUAUAGCUCAUUUCCUUAGUGAACAUAAAUAAUGUCAGUUUG